AUGACCUCAACUCGAAUCCCGUUGUAUCGUGUAAAAGGUACGCACUAUGAAUGUGCUCAUGUUAUCGGCAAGAUCACGCGCGAAGCUAUCCGUCAUCGUAUCGCUGAUGAUCUGACUGUAUUAUCACCAUUAUUUGAGUAUAUCCAAACCGAAGAUGGUUUUAAUUUAUAUCGGGAUUUCGCCAAAACAAUCCGGUCAUUGUAUCCAUGGUACUGGGAUGAAAUCAACGGGUUAGCUGAUGGGUCCGAAGUACCAUUAGAGCAAAUACUAGUUUUGAAUUUUCUCAACGAAACUCAAACAGCUUAUAAACUAUCGAAAGAUAAACAAACUUCCGAUGAAACCGGUGAAAAAGGUUGCACAACUGUGUUACUCAAUCGACAAGAUACCAAUACGUUCUCUCUACUGCACAAUGAAGAUCAUGCUACCGCGUUGUACAUGACUGGAUAUCUCGUCGAAGCAGAUAUUCACUCAAUUGAAUAUAAUGAUGGACAACGUCAGAGUCCAGACGAGAAAUUCAUUGCAUAUUGUUAUGCCGGUGCUAUUCCAGGAAAUGGUUUCGGUGCCAAUAAACAUAGUUUUGCCUUUGCGUUGAAUGGACUCUAUCCGAACUUCGUCGCACAUGGUCGUCUACCUCGCCAAAUCGUCAACCGUGCACUUCUGUCCGUACGGAACGAAGAAGAUCUCGAUAGGUUGCUGCGUAUUUCACCUGUCGCCUUUGGUUUUUGUAUCAAUGGAGCGUUCUUUCGCGAUGAACAUUGUCUGCUAAAUUAUGAAAUAGGGCCAAAUAUAAAGCUUGCUAAUGAGAAUUUCAUCAGCAAAUGUCGUAUAAUUAAUGAGGGCCAAAAAGAAAACAAAGGAAAUGAUCAAUCUGAGACUAUUUUGAAUUAUCUUGUACAUUAUAAUCACUACGAACGAUUACAUAAAGUCAUCAUUCAACAGAAAAGCCUGGAUUCAACUUACAAUCGUUGGAAACGCGGCCAAGAAUUCGGUGAAAUCUUUACCAUUGACGAUGCUUUUCGUCUCUUAGGUGACAAUGAAAAUCCAUCGUUUCCAAUCUUUCGUAUCCCGAGUGAAACUGAUGCGAAUUCGGUCACACUUUGCACGGCGCAUUUUAAUUUUCUUACGUUCGAGCUACUGGUUUAUCAACACAAUCCAAAAGAUAACUCUUCACCUUCUUUUGUCUACAAUCUCAACGAUUUGUGCAUUAUAAAAUAG